GUACUGAUAAAAUUUUCAAAAUGGAUACCGUCGACAGCGCAACACCCGACAGAAAACUUAAGAACUUGUUGUCAUCCUUUAUUUCUAAACCAAGUUAUGAGCAGAGUUCAAAAAGAAAGCGAUCUUUCACAGAAGAGACAACUGAGAGUAAUGUUGCUGCUUCACAUGAUAUAAAGAUACAAAGUACAACAGCUGAACAAAAAAAGAGGAAUGUUGAUUCCCAAGAUGAGGAAGCCUUUUUGGAGAGGGUUCAAUCUUAUGAUAUGAUGUCAUGGUUUGCCAAGCCAUUAGACUUAUCUCCCUUGAUAUGUUCAAGAUAUGGAUGGAAGAAUAAAGAAACAGACAUGUUACAGUGUGUUGGAUGUAAAGCAGUAUUGAGUGGUCAGCUACCAAAAAGAGCUAACAGUCUAAUAUAUCAUGAAAGCUGCAUGAAACUAAAAGAUAAUCUCAGAACUGCACAUCUGAAGUCAUGUUUUUGGCCAGCUUAUCCAAGUCCAGAAAGAUAUUCUUAUAUUCCAAUCAAAGAUAAAAGAAAACUUGUGUGCUGUAUAACAGAAUACAUUGAUAGUUUACAAAAAGUUCAAAGUCGUCUACCUGAAAUCUCACUGAAAUCUUUUGAAGAAAAGGGUUUAUCAGCCAAUCAUUUAGAAGAGAUGAAGUGUGCUGCUGAGAAACAUUUAGAGAACCAUAAUUUAGACAACAUUGACCUAGGAACAUUUAGUAUGGCCAUCACUGGAUGGAAAGUUAGUGAUCCAAAGACAGGACUCAUAGUUUGUCAUUUUUGUAGACGAAAAGUAGGUUUAUGGAACUAUGCAUGUAAAAAUGCUGAAGACAGCUAUAUAGAUGAUUCAAUUUCAAGUGAGGAGUCUGAUUCAGAAGCACAAAAUUCUCCAAAGACUAAAGGACUUAAAGUUGACAAUAUUUCUUCUCAAACAGACAGCAAAUCUCAAUCAGAUGAAGAAGUAGCUACUGGCACAAAUGCAAAUUCAGCUGAUGACCAACCAAUAGUUAGUCAACAAGAUGACCAGCAAUCACUGGAGAGUGGAUUUAAUUUUUCACAGCCUAACUUUUUGGACCCUACGGCUAGUUCUGAAUUACCUCCAUUUUUAUUUGAAGAUAAUCAGUUUAUUUUUUCACAGCCAAGCUGUGUUGUUAAAGAUCUUAAUCCUGUUAAUGAGAUGGAUACGCCUGAAACAGGUCAUGGUGAUACACAUGAUAAGUGCAAUAGUGAUAAUAAGAAAAGCCCGGUGAAAACAGACUUGGGAAGUCCUGCAAAGGCAGACAGUAUAGAAACAAUUAGUCAUGAAAAAGUUAAUGGGGAUAGUGAAAAAUGUAAAGACUCUAAUUCAGUUGAUGAUGCGCUAACGCUAAAAUCAACAUCUCAAACAAAUCAGGACUCAGUUAGUCUGAUAAACAAUAUAUCUGCCCAGAAUGGUAGUCAACGUCCAGGACAGGACACAGAAAGUCAGCCUAGAAGAAAGAAAUUAAAAGUGGUGAAAAAGGAUCAUUUCAAUCCAUUGGAAGAACACAGAUAUUGGUGUCCUUGGAUUAACAAAUUACCAGAACAAAUAAGUUACUCACCACAGAAGAUUUCAGAUGUGUCCCAAAGUGAUAGAGGAAAAUCUAGCUAUCCAUGGGAACAUGUCUUACAAGUUAUAUGUCCAUCCUUCUUUGAUGUGCCUCAGGAAGAUUCCAUGUCAGAACAUUUCAAGCAACAUUCUCCAGUGGCAGGAUUGAGACAGCUUAGAAAGUUGAUGAAAGACUGGUCAAAUUGAUUUAAAAAAAGACAUUUACUAUCGGUGCAGUUUAGAUCUUUUGGGAAAUGCGAUUUUCGGUUGUAUAUAAACAUGAUAAAAGCAUUGACUGAUAUAUAAAACAAACAAAAAUAGCCAUAAUACUUAUAUGUUGUAUGUACAAUUUGCAACAACAAAAAUAUCUUGUACACUAACAAGUCACAUUUUUUUUAGCUGAGAAUUUAUUGUACAUCAGCAUAUUCAAAUUAUUUUGUGUCAUUUGUGUAUUUUCAUACUUUAGUGCUAUUUUUCAAAUCAUCUCAACUUUAUCAUAUGACUUUGUUCUUUAAAAGCUCUCUAGUAUUUUAUUGUUUCGAGAUUUUGUAAUCAGGAACAAAAAUAUUGCAAUUUUUGUAAGUCAGGAAUAUUACAUUUGUUUUUCAUUUGUUUGAUUUUGUUUUGCCAUUUUCAAGUAGGGAAGGGAAUUUCUGAAUUUUCCUAGUAGUUAAGUAUUUUUAUUAUUUACUUUUUUGUAAGUCAGGAGCAAAUUACAUUUUAAAUACUGCCAAUCAUCAUCAUUGACAUUGGAUACCAAUUUUUAUUUUGGGAUAAACUACAAGUAUAAAUAUUGAAAGGAGUACAAAUUUCAAAAACCCUGUAAACAAACUUUUGCACAUUCUCAAAAUCAAUUAUCCACGAAAUACAAGUUUGACUUUAUUUACAAAAGUUGGUAUCCAUAAAAAAAUAAACAAACCACAGUAUGUUGAAAUAAUAAUGUGCCAUCAGCUCCAUUCAUCAUCAUGUUUACUUUUAUACCCCAAUUAUCCCUUAGCUUACAAAAUUCAUUGAAGCUAUUCCAUUAUUGUAUAACAUAAGUUAACCUAUGUACAUCUAAGGUCAAGAUAAAUAAUUAGGAUUUUAAUCACUGAUGAAGAAAAAGAAGUCAUGGUCGCAACCUUAGGUUUUGUAGUUAACCCUGAGUCUAACAUGUCUAUAUAUAGAACUUUUUGAAUAACAACACAUUGCUUGGAUAUAUUGAUGAAAGAUGGUGUAACUUUAAUACAUCUUUCAAGGUCAUGACUCAUGAGUUAUGAUUACAGGUCACGGUCACACAAACAUAAUUCUAUAUCUUUUCAGCUUCAUAUUACUUGUGAGGCACUAAAAGAUUUGUGGAAUAUAUAUAAUCAUUAAUGAUUUUCUUAUUGGUUGUAUUUAAGAGAAAGGAAAAAUUAGGUAUAGUACUGAACAGGGUUACAAAGUCCAAGUGGUUGUUCUUAAAUUAUUCAAUAAGACUGUCAUUGCCCUAUCACUUACUGUUGGGUCUUUUUCUGUUAAAAAAAAUUGCAAUUUUGUAUUAUGUUUCAUAGACAUGAUAGAUGUCAUAUAAAAUAUACAGAAGAAAAUAUAAGGGGGGAAAAUUAAAGAUUCUUAUACCGUUAAUAUUUGGCGGCGUUAGUUAUUUUAGUGUUAGGUUAGGUUUUAUGUUGGGUUAGGGCUUAAGUCAUAGCUAUGAAUAGUGUUAAGGGUUGAAGUGGCUGUCAAAAACUAAGAAGUAGUAUUGAAUCCAAUGCAAAAACACUGAAGAAUAUAAGUACAUGUAAUUGUAUAUUUUUUUUACAAUUUGUGUAGAAAUUUGACUGUAGGGGAAAUGUAUUUAAAUAUCUGCAAUGAAUUUUUAUUCUGUACUUUUCAGUAAAUUAUUACAUUCUUACUAUAAUGACUUGCUAUAGAUGUGUAUUUGAUCCAUUAUGAAUGCAACAUUUUGAUUGAGAUUAUGUGUAAGCAUUUAAACUUUCUUAAAUUGACAGAAAUAACAUUCUCUAAGAUAUGUUCAUGAUGUAAGGAGUGUUAAAUUGUAAUAUUAUCCUGUAACACAUUAUGGGAAUAUAAAAACUUUUUAUAGGAAAUUACAGAAUAUUAAGCCAUCCAUGGCAAUAUUUUUAACAUGUCUGAAUACUAUCUUGAAACACCCAGUUAGUGCAAAAGAUGAUGUGAUGUAUUGUGGGGAACAUUUAAAUACUGAUUGUAUGUCCAAACCGUCCAUCUGUAGUCUGUCUGUCCAGUCUUGAAAGCCCUUUCACACAUACAGUUCAUGUCAGAUUUUUAUUUAAGUUUUAUCAGAGGUUUAUAUUGGACAAGUUCGAAAGUAAAUGCCCAUCAAUUAAUUUUAGCAGAGGUUUGCCAUGAAGAAAUAAAAAUUUAUAAGAAAAAUUGGAUUUUUAGUGUUCUUAUAUGUACAUUUGGUGGUUGUUAAAUUUUUAUAUGGAAAAGUACAUUGUAAGUGCUUUUAAGCAUACCUUUCCCUGAGAUUUUUCUGAAAAAUGGAACUUAAUUUUUUGGUUUAUAGGUGUGAAGCGGGGGACAUUGGAACUCUGUUUGAUGAUAUAUGUAGUUAAACUAAAAUCUAUUGUUAGACAAAUCUGAGAACUGCAGCCUAUUUUGAGCAUCUAUUUAUACAUAUUCAUGGUAAUCUAUGGCAGAUAUUAUAGAACAAUAUCUUCUUCUGUAUAAGUGGAUAAGUACAUGUGUGCUUAUUUGUCUGCUGUAAGUAUCAAACUUAAUCAUUGCAAUAAAUUUAUAACAUCUG